AUGCUGGAGUUUGUGAAGGACGGGGAGGUGAUACAUUCGGAGGAUCUCCAGAGUGUAGAUCCGUUGACCCUAGAGACUUAUGAGGAGCUUCUGUCGAGCACAGGAUCUGCAGUUUUUUGUAUUUUGGUUUGUGAGAGUACCAAGCACGUGUAUUUGGCAAGAAGUAUAAUUAAUAUGAGAUAUGCAGUUUCUGGGACGGUUCGGAUAUACAAACUGAAGGACCCUUCGACCAGAAACGAGGUCAAAGAUAUUUUGUACUUUGAGGUUGUCAAGAACCCCUUGUACGUUAGGAUAUUCAAAGAUAUCCAGAAAAGCAAUUUCCUGCGGAGGAGAGAGGAGGAAAUGAAUGGGAUCAAAGGAGACUUGGUAGACCACCCAGGAAGGGAUUCUGUGGUGAAAGCAGUGUUUAUAGGGAACGAACUUGAUUUGGUGUGCAACAGAGAGCUCCAAAAGAAGAUAUUCCGAAGUGAAGAUCUAAAGGGCUCUUUUGCCAAUGCGAUUAUUGGAGGAGUUGCGUUUUUUCUUUCGUUUAUUCUGUUAUUUUUCUUCAUGGUAUGUUUCUUCUACAUUCUCCUGAGGUUUGUGCUGCUUAUAUGA